GGCUGAAAGUCAUUUUAAUCCCUUAAAACAUGGCAGAAAUUUCGAAAUUCACUGCAUUCGCGACCCCAACUACAGAUCUUGUUGAUGCAACCAACAACACUAAUCUAUAUGAUAUUCUUUGUCCACGCGACAACUGCCGAUGCCUUGUUCUGCGUAAAGGCGCAGCGACUUUGGUGAAGCGGGAUCCCAUCAAGCCGCUGGACGAAAGCGAUGUCCCUUCAACCAAUGAACAUUUUUGGCACGUUGGGGAUAUGAUGGACUUCGAUAAUGUUGGAUUCUCGAAAACUGUUGGAGACACCAAGUUUCUCUCCUGUGCAGAUUGCGACGUCGGCCCGCUCGGUUACCAUAAUAUCGCACAUCAGCCUAAAGAAUAUCUUAUUAGCAUAGACUGCGCACGUUAUCGCCCUCGAAACUAAGUUGUUAUUAGACAUCAACUGGCUGAAACCCCCAAGAUGAAGAGUGGCAUCUAUUCCCUUCCCCACAUUGUAUUGUAGCUAGAAUGUAUUGUAUUUCUUUGGUAAA